AAAUAAAGACAUCUUAUUUUCUCUUAUUACACAUAAAUACCGUAGACUGUUACACAUCAGUCAUCACACAAACAGAUACACAGAUUCAUCCUCUUCAUAAAAAUCCUCUUUUUCUUGCAAAUUUUUUCAAAACUUUGCAAUUUCCAUUCAAAUUUCAAAAACAAAACUUUUCAAAACUUGCAUUUUCCAUUCAAACUAAAAAAACAAAAUAACACACAAAAAAAACCCUCAUCAAUCUUCACUACAUCCCUAUAUUUAACUAACUCCCCAUUACUCAUUCCUUUAUCCAUUCCCUCUUCGCCAUGGCACCAAAGUUUUCACUCAUUCUCUGCAUUUUCACCAUCUGGGCCAUUCAUUUCACCAACGCAGCUUCAUCAUCACACCAUGCUCCAUCACCCUCUGUUGAUUGUUCAACUCUUGUUCUAACCAUGGCUGAUUGUUUGUCAUUUGUUACAAAUGACAGUACCACAACCAAACCAGAAGGAACAUGCUGUUCUGGCUUGAAAACUGUCUUGAAAAGUGCUCCUUCUUGUCUUUGUGAAGCUUUCAAAAGCAGUGCUCAGUUUGGCGUUGUUUUGAAUGUUUCAAAGGCGCUGACUCUUCCUUCUGCUUGCAAAGUCUCUGCUCCCUCUCUCUCUAACUGUGGAUUGUCUGUAACCCCUGCUGCUGCUCCUGGUGUAAGUCUCUCUCCAGCAUCUUCUCCUACUGAAGCACCAGGUGUGGCCACUCCUGUGCUUCCAUCUAGAGUACCGGCAGCCGCGCCGGGCGUCAAGAGUGCGGCAGCAUCAGCAUUGCUCCCUAUUUCAGCAGGAUCCAUUCUUGUUUGUCUCUUAUUUCCAUUCUCAAGCAUUUGAGUAGCCAUGUUUAGUUUCAUUGAGAGUAGGAAGGUUAUGUCAUGAGGGAUUAUUUUGAGUUUUGAAGGUUUUUUUUGGAGUAUUAUUACCAUUAGAGCUAUUUUCUUUGUGUGUGCAAUUUAAACCUAUUCAUGUAUAUUUAUUUAUUUAUGAGUAGUGAAUCUUGCAUUUUUAUUUUGUGUUGAAUUGUUGAUAGUUAUGUGAUCCAUUUGAGUUGUUGACAAUGACAAGUACAUGGUAUGUUACAUGGUAUUGUGGUUGAA